AUGUCUUCAAAUGGGGGGUCAGAGAAUUUAUGGAAUAAAUUUACGAAGUCUACUAAAAAUAUUUCCACAUCCCUCUCCCAUCUAUCUAUUAAAACAGAAUCAGAUGGUAGCACUAUAGAAUCUACUUUAGUUCAUAAAGCGAUGGUUAAUUUCUAUAAGAAUCAGGAACCGUUUCAAGGUUUUCCUGGUUGGCUAGGUCAUAAGGAUGACCUUCCUGAUGAGAAGAAAAUUCUGAAGAAACAAAUGCAAUCUUCUUCUACAGUUAAUAAUGAUGAUACUGCUUCAUCAGAACCUCAAUCUUCUAAAAAUAAUGGUUGGAAGUUUUCAUCUUCAGAAUCAAAAAAAUCGAAUUAUGUUAAUUUAUUAGACCAAUCUGACCAAAUUGAACAGCCAAAACCCCAACUUCAAAAAAAGCCAACUGCAGGUAUGGCAUUUCAAAGUAUUUAUAAUUCUGCCAAUACAGUAAUAAGAGAGAAUGAACCUUUAAGCUCAAGUCCAGUUAAUCGUGGUUCUGCAUCCAAUACUCCUGUGCAAACUGAUGGAAGUGGAACUUCUACACCACAAGGGAACCCAUCACGUACCCAGUCAUCGUCAUCUUUAAUGAUGCGUGAUAGAUUGAAGAGAACACAUACAAGAGGAUCAUAUGGAUUCUGA